AGGAAAGUUAUGAUGUGAAUUAGAACUUUUUCUCCUCAAAUAUCAUCAAUUUCUGACUUUGUAUCGUCCUAUUAAAUACAGUUUUAAAAUUAUCUGAUUAUUAUUAAUUGAGUGGGGGCAACACCAAACUUGAUAUGAUAGACAAUUAAACAUUUCUAAUAUCUUCUGAAAAUUUACACGAUAAGGUUUGAAUAGUUUUAUUGUGAUUUUAGCAACAGUGAAUCGAGUUGAAAAUGGAAAUAUUGACUACCUUCAAUCUACUUCUAUUGACUGGAGUAUUCCUCCUCUACAAGUGGGUGAACUACAAGAUGAAUUACUGGAAAAGACGCGGCCUUCUCGUUCCAGAUACAAGUUCUACGAAGACUUUAUUUCAAAUCCUUUUUGCGAAGAAUUCUUUCGCUGACCGAGUACUUAUAUUGUACCGUGACUUAAAAUCCAAAGGAGUUCAACAUGGCGGUGCUUAUAUUACACUUGUACCGCUAUAUGUGGCUAUGGAUUUGAACAUUAUAAAAUCCAUCAUGCAGGUAGAUUUUCAACAUUUCGUAGACAGAGGCGUCUUUAUGGACGAGAAAAAUGACCCAAUCAGUGCCCAUUUGUUCAGUUUGACAGGAUCAAAGUGGAAAAUUUUGAGGAAUAAGUUGUCACCCACAUUCACAUCCGGUAAAAUGAAGAUGAUGUUCGGAACUCUUGUGGAUUGUACCAAAGGAUUACAUAAGCUGAUGGACAAAACGAAUGGAAAAGAAGUGGAUAUCAAAGAUGUUUUAGGAAGGUUUACUACAGACAUCAUAGGAAGCUGCGCAUUCGGUAUAGAAUGUAAUAGUUUGGAAGACCCAAAGAGUAUUUUCAGACAAAAAGGAAGAGAAUUUUUUGACGCGGAUUUAAAACAAAAUAUGAAAAAUUUUUCAUCUCUUUUUGUUCCUCAAAUAAUGAGAGCAUUCAAAAUAACAUUGAUACCGCGCGACAUAAGCAGUUUCUUUAUAAACUUGGUGAAGGACACAGUGGAAUACAGAGAGAAAAAUAACGUUAUUCGUAAAGACUUCAUGCAACUGUUGAUUCAGCUCAAAAACGAAGGAAAACUAGUCGAUGAUGAGAAGAUGGAAGCGGAAAAAAUAAAUGAGGAUGAAAACAGGAUAACCAUGGACGAGAUUGCAGCACAAGCAUUCGUUUUCUUCCAGGCUGGUUUCGAAACCUCCUCAACUACCAUGACUUUCUGCUUGUACGAAUUAGCAAGAAACAAAGACAUCCAAGAAAAAUUGAGGAAGGAAAUAAUCCAGACAUUGGACAGACAUGGUGGUAAAAUAACAUACGAGAAUGUUCAUGAGAUGGUAUAUUUGGAUCAAGUGAUUAAUGAAACUCUUAGAAAAUAUCCACCUCUACCAAAUUUGAACCGAGUAUGUACGAAGGAAUACAAAGUGCCAGGUACAGAUUUGGUCUUGGAGAAAGGAAUGCAAGUCAUUAUUCCCGUGUUCGGCAUCCAUCGCGAUCCAGAAUACUAUCCAGAUCCAGACAAAUUCGAUCCAGAAAGAUUCACGGAAGAAAACAAGAGAAAUAGGCAUCAGUUUAGCUUUCUACCUUUUGGAGAGGGACCACGUAUUUGUAUAGGAUUACGUUUUGGACUGAUGCAAACUAAAGUUGGUUUGAUAGCACUUUUGUCUAAAUACGAAUUUUCAGUGAAUAAGAAAACGAUCGAACCCCUUCAGUUUAAGGGGACAUCCUUCAUUAUGACAACAAAAGGAGACAUAUGGUUAGACUUCAAAAAAAUAUCUGAGAGUCGUUAGUAACGGUAUUAUGAUUAUUAUAUCGAAGUAUCAACUAUUAUAUAGUAUUGAACAUUAAAGAAGACAAAGUUA